UACAGAGUAUAAUGAACACCAAUCAGUGAGAACCGAAACCCUCACUUUAUUUCUUCCACGACACCCCUCCGCCCCCCCUAUUCUCCUCGCGUAUAUUCUCAUACCUUUAUUUUCCGUUCUUUUUCUCUAGAUCAAUCGACCACAGUGGUGAUGAAAAUGGGAAGAGGACGAGGAUGACAAAUCGGCCGCCACUGUUAAGGAGUGCUCAAGCCCCGAUUAAGCCACUACUUCCGCUAGUUAGCAUCGAUGGAACCGCCGCCACCACUGAUGAGUGCCUAGAAAGCCGCCGCUGCUGUUAAUGAACGCCUAGAAAGCCGCCACCACUGCUGCUGCUAAUGAGUUUCAUUGAAUACAUCAUGACCCUUUUCUACCCCUUUACUUUCAGCCACCACCACAUAGGACAAAGCCAAACCAAUAUCUUACACAUGCAAGGUGUUCGGACAUGUCACAUUAUGAGAUAUAUGUUGGCUCAAAAAGGAGGGUAUAGUGGGAUUGAGUUUUCAAAAAAGGAUCUAUAUAACUAUCUUGACAGACAGAAGCAUGUUAAGAUUCAAGAUGGGGAUGCACGAACUGCUCUUAGCUACAUUCAAGGCAAAGCUGACAAUGAACCCAUAAUGUUUUAUGGACAAAACAUAGUAGACUUUCAGUGCUUUGGUGACGUUCUUGGAUUUGACACCACGUACAAGAAAAAAUAUAUAAUUAUCCAUUGGUUAUUUUUUCAGGAUGUAACCACCAUUCUCAAACUAUUGUAUUUGGUUGUGCUUUGGUGACAGAUGAAACAUUUGAGACAUAUAAAUGGGUCUUAGAAGUUGUUUUGGAAGCAAUGCACAAGAAACAUCACAUAUCAAUGGUUACUGAUGCUAAUGUUGCUAUGAGAGAGGCUAUUAAAUUAGUUUUUCCAGAUUCCAUUCAUCGCUUGUGUUCGUGUCACUUGAGUCAAAGUGCAUGUCAGAAUGCAAAAGACUCACCAUUUUUGGAGGAUUUUAAGCAAGCAAUGUAUACUAAUUUCACCCCUGAAGAGUUUGAAGAUUUUUGGCAGAAAAUUAUAGUUGAGCAUGGGGUUGAAGGUAACACAUGGGUUUUGAAAACCUAUGACAACAAGUUAUUAUGGGCUACUACAUAUCUGCGAGACACAUUCUUUGGACGAAUCCGGACUACAUCUCAGUGUGAAGCAAUAAAUUCUUUAAUUAGAUCCUAUGCGAGGAAAAAAAUACCCUCUAUGAAUAAAAUUCAUAAUUUUGAACAGCUGCUAAGGGAGUACCGAAAUAAUGAGUUGAUUGCUGAUUUUAAGUCCAAUUUCUAUGAACCAGUAAUGACGAGCUCCUUGAAGCACCUUAAGCGCCAGACUGCUAAUAUAUAUACAUCGGAAAUGUUUACAGAAGUUAAGAAAGAGAUUGAACUUGGUUGUGCACUAAAUGUUGUGGGUCGAAUAGAAAAUGAGAUGAAUUGACUCUUCACCUAAGCAAAUAUGGUCAUCCUGAAAGUUUAGUUAAAGUUGAUUUUGAUAGAUCAAAUUCUAAAUUUUCAUGUGCUUGUCGUCUUUAUGAAUCCCACAACAUUCCUUCUUCUCAUAUUAUAUGUGUUUUUGAAAAUUGAGAACAUCCAGAACUUUCCUAGUAGCUUGAUAUGUGGAAGAUGGACUAAGACGAGUAAGAUUGAUAUAAUCUUUGCAAUGUCAUCAAAUGAAGUACAUGUUGAUGUUAUGAUAUUUGCUCGUUUUGGUGCUUUAGCAGCUUCUUGUAAUAGACUGUGUAAAAUUGCUAUAAAAAAGACUGAAAACUUUGAUGAAGUUAGAGAUGAGAUACACAGACUCACUCAUAAGUUACAGAAGCUUGGUGAUCAAGGGAGUAGUCAUGCAUCAUUUGUUGAAGAUAUUGGUGAUCCUACUGUUGUAAAGACAAAAGGUGCCCCAGCAAAGAAAAAAAGGAGGUAAAAGGAGGCAUUGUUCGAAUUGUAACCGUGUAGGACAUGUAAUAACAACAUGCCCAAGGAUAGCUUCCGAUAACAAUCGCACUCAAAAUGAUGAUGUUAUAUCUUUGGAAGACAACGAAAGAUGUCAUGUUACUUUAUUAAUUUCCAUAUAUUUACAUAUGUUAGAAAACUUUUAUAUUUUAAAAUCUUUUUUUAGUAUGACAUGUGUGUACAUGUUAUGUUUAUAUUAUUGCAGGGCAAAUGAACCUUUCUGCAUGAAGACAAUCACGGUAACAAAACCAAUUGUAGUAAUGAGAUGUAUAAAUGUGAUGAUGUUGAUGGUGUUGGGAGCAAGGAUAAUGGUGGUUGUCCUAACUUCACAGUUAGUGAAAAGAAGAGAUAUCAUGUAAUCGUCUUUUGUGUUAAUGCUUGUAGAAAAAAGAGUGGAACUUCUAAACUUUUCUAGUUAUAUUUAUUAUUUUGUUGCAGGGUAAAAUAAUCCAGAAAUGUGAAUCUUCAAAAAGUUCAUCAAAGGUUCAUGUAAAUGAGAGAGCCAAGGUCAAAGAGUUAAAUAAUGAGUUAUAUAUACUAGUGAUGUAUUAUUUUAUAUAAUGUUCUUGAUGUUGGUUGAUGUUAAUGCAACAUGUAGAAUUGAAUAUUAACGACACUUUUCAAAAGAGUGGAAUACUAAUUGAUUAGCCAUCAAGCCUUUCAAGUGAACGUUUGCCUGGGACUAGCUACGCGUUCACCGAAGUUAGUCAAGUACCCAAUGAUAGUGGUGGAACUUCUUGGAAAGCUUUGCUCGAAGGAGUCAUUAAAAUGGUGCUCAAACAAGUGGUACACAUGGCAAUCUUCCUUGAUUUACAAGGUGUCUUAGUGAAGGUGGAAAAUAACAAAGAUACGGAUAUGAAGAAGUGUUGGUAAUGUAGUAAUUGU